UUGCUUUCUCUUUUCAUUUUUGGUCACUUCCUGCUUCUUCUAUUCUCCACAGUGGAGAACAGAAAGGAGUUCAGUUCCCAUGAUCCAACGAUCCAAUCUUGACACUCAAGACUGACUCGCUCCCCUCCUUUUAAUCCGCCAGCGACGCCCGCCUUCCGUCAAUUCGCUCCCUGAAAGCUUCAACGCCGAUCACAGGGAAACGAUUCGAUCCGGCCGCUUUUCCCAUGUCGGCGACGGCGGAGAUCUUCGUCGUCACCGGGCCGGGGCAGGGCCACCUCCACCCCUGCAUGGAGCUCUGCCUCCACCUCACCCGCCUCGGCUACCUCGCCACCCUCGUCAUCCCCUCCCACCUCUCCUCCGCCAUCCCUCCCUCCUUCUCCUCCAACCCCCUCGUCGCCGUCGCCCAGAUCGCCGGCUCCUCCGGCCCCCCCAUGCGCGUCUCCGACCACCUCAACCAGCCCGCCGGCCGGGACCUCUCCGCCCACCUCGAGAAACGGGCGGCCGGCGGCGAGCCGCCCGGCGUGCUGUGCGCGGUCGUGGAUUUCCAGGUGGGGUGGACCAAGGAAGUGUUCUGGAAGUUCGAUGUCCCCGUGGUCAGCUUCGUCACCUUCAGCGCCUGCGCUGCGGCCAUGGAGCUCGGCGCGUGGAAGGCGCAGGCGAGCGACGUCCGGCCCGGCGAGGCUCGCCUGAUUCCCGGGCUGCCCGAAGAAAUGGCCAUCGUUCACUCCGAUCUUAAGAGGAAGCCCUUCGGGCCUCCUCGAGGUGGCCCGCCCGGUCCUGGCCCGAAGCCGCCGGGAGGCGGCGGAGGCGGGCCGCCGAAGCCCGGCGGCCGGCCGCCCUGGGUGCCGGAAGUCGAGGGCUCGAUCGGGCUCAUGUUCAACUCGUGCGGCGACCUGGAGCAGCCCUUCCUCGACUACAUGGGGGACCAGAUGAAGAUGCCGGUCUGGGGCAUCGGCCCGCUCCUGCCGGAGCAGUACUGGAAGGCGCCCGGCGGCGCGCUGAUCUCCGACCGCGCGAUCCGGCAGCACGGGCGCGAGUCGAGCUGCACGGAGGACGAGGUGGUCCAGUGGCUGGACGGCAAGCCGCGGCGCUCGGUCCUGUACGUGGCGUUCGGCAGCGAGGUGGGCCCGGACGAGGAGGAGCUGGCGCAGCUGGCGGCGGCGCUGGAGGAGUCGACCCGGCUCAUAUGGGUCAUCGGGUCCAAGUCCGGAGGCGACUUCGCGGACGGCAUGGAGGGCAGGGUCGGGGACAGGGGCCUGAUCAUAAGAGGGUGGGCGCCGCAGCUCCUGAUCCUGAGCCACCCGUCGACGGGUGGGUUCCUGUCGCACUGCGGGUGGAGCUCGACGGCGGAGGCGGUCGGGCGUGGGGUCCCGAUCCUGGCGUGGCCGAUCCGGGGGGAUCAGCACUACAAUGCCAAGCUGGUGGUGAGCCACCUCAAGGUGGGGUACAGAGUGGCCGAGGAUUUGUCCCAGGUGGUGAAGAAGGACGAGAUAGCGAAGGGGAUCGAGAGCCUCAUGUCGGACGAGGAGAUGCACGAGAAGGCGGCCUCGAUCAAGGCCAAGUUCGGGCACGGUUUCCCGGCCAGCUCGAGGAGGGCGUUCGAGGCUUUUAGAGAUUUUAUCAACCAGGGACUUCGGACCAGUUCUGUCUCAACUAGGUCUUUGCCUAUGUAACCGUGAGACUUUAUCUUAGUUCUGCCUGCAAAACUUCCCAUCUCUACUGAAUUUUCGUCUGGGAAGUUUGCAUAUGGCCUAUCUAAUGCAUGAAUAUGGCGAGCCGUUUCAUGAAUAAACCAGAGAGUCUGUAUAGCCUGUUGAAAUGGAUGCAUGUGUUCAGGUUGCCAGAUGAAUUUACUGGGUCAUGCCAAGUGAGUUGUUUCAUUACAAAUUAGUAAAGAGUUUGAAUAGCUGACGAAAGAAAGAAGACAGAUUGCUUUGUCUUUAAA